AUGAUCGUUUUUGCUUUACCUUUUCAACCUGCAUUUCUGCCUGUCUUAUCCUUUAGGGGCGUGAGGCUUUAUUGGAACUUCUCGCCGUGUGUUUGGCCUCCCUCGCAGGUUACCAAGUGGUGUGAUUCCGUCGAGGCCGCGAUCGUCCAAUGGAUUAUCGACUUCGUUGCUACCAGGGCCAUCGCGUUGUUUGUUUUGCUGAAUCCUCGCCUCUCCUCUCAUCAGCAAUUUCGUCUACAUCAAAUGAUGGCAAAAGCGGUUGAACGGUCCUGGCUCCGAAGGAAGCUCGAUGUGCGAUUGUUGAAGGGUAUACUGGCGCUCGCCUGCCCUAACCGAGAUCUACUCAACUUAAUCGAUUACCUGUCUGAUACUGCUGCUUCGAUAUGUGAGAGCCAGACUCUGUUAGACCUGCAAAUCUCCUCAAGUGACGGAUGUCUUCAUGCAGCUCAGUGCACACCUACUUGCCAACCUGACCACUACGCCCAAAGCCAUUCCCUCCUCUCUCGAGCCUCCACUGCCAUCACACCUCCUCAAAAUACUGCUGGUCUCCUUGCGGCUGGGACUUCUUCUGGCCGCUUCGCAACCCCCUCACAUUCGUGCAGUGGAGCCAACAGCCUGCGCGUAGAAGCGAAAGUUGAGAGAUUGCAGAACAAGCAUUGCCCUGAAGUCGCCAUCAGCAUCGGUUCGUCUUUAGUAUGCAACCGAGCUGAUGAAAUAACGUUACAUGCUGGGAAUGUCAGCAUGGGUGCAGCAGCUUCCUGGGAUUGCAGUAUGCCAAGUAAGUUGUCUGACCGGAUAUUCGUACAGGCUUCUUGUCCUUCGACAGCAGCAGCUCUCCCAACCAUCACCAGGCCUUCAGAGGGGAGAACAGGAGCGGCUUCAGGGCAUACAGCUGUCGAGAGUUCCCCAUCUACUCAUUGUCCAUUGAUAUGCCAUUCACAGCCACUUUCGAGAAACCUGCAAGAAACAAGUGUACUUGUCCCGGGACAUCAUCAUGGAGGGUGUCUUCUUCAUCAGCCUCAGCAGUCCCAGGUGUUUCUAAAGGGUUCAUCGAGAUUAGCAGCAACUACUGCUGUAGCAGCAGUAGCAGCAGCAGCAGCAACGUUAAUUACCGUGUCACCAGCAGCGGCACCAGCAGCAGCACCAGCAGCAGCAAGAGUGCCAGCAACAGCAGCGGCGGCGGCGGCGGGAACAACAGCAACAACAGCAGCAGUGGUUCCCAUGCUAGCACCUGCAGAAACUGUCCCAUCAUCACCACCAUUUACCCUGGUACCAGGACCAUCCAUGAUAUCAAGACGGCCAACAACCUUCUGGUGGUUGCUGACCGAGUGGUUUUGUGUGGAUCAUGACUUGGUGGCGGCCAUGCCUCCUGCUGUGCAGCGGUCUGUGUUGGAGGGGCUAUGUGGAGACCACAUAGAUGGCUUGCUUCGACUCGUGCAUGCUGCAUCAGCCAUGCCGCAUGCCUGCUGCCACCAGUUUGUGCAGCCAGAACUGUUUGCCUGGUUCAGGGAGCAUCCCCCGACGUGUUGCAUCUCGCUCGAGCCUCUUGUUUCACAGGAUGGGCGCGUUUGCUCCGAUGUUGUGGCUGUGGUGCAACGGAUGCGCAAGAGACAGAGCAGUGGCAACCGUGCCAGCAAACAACCAAAGCUCCAUGCUUUCUUAUUUCGUGGAAAGGCACUUUUUGACUGGCUGGCUGUUUCUCCUCGUCCAUUUAACCCAAAGACACACCUGGUGCUCGAACAACCAACAGCAGCAAUCCCCGUUCUUGGGCUGAAUGCUGAUGUGAACAGAAGCAGAGCUGAAAGAAUUCAUGACUCCAGGAAUGCUCUCACAACUACUGAGUUAGACCGUGAAUUACACAUUCCCGAACUGCAAGGCGGAGUUGGAAGCGAUGAAAUGACAGUGUCUGCUACAGUGCUGCCGCAACUGGUCAAUAUGGAGGACAACGCCGCAGCUCCACCGCCAAGUCUGGACCAGAAUUCCCUUUUGUCCUCGCCGCAAAUGCCAACGGACGAUGCACAGGCAGGAGAAGGGGCAGCAGCAGGAGCAACAGCAGUAGCUGGAGGGAAGGAGGCCGUUUCGACUUCUGGGAGAGUCGCUGUUUCUGAGUCGCCUCGUUCUCGCUCUCUCUCCCAGUCUUCCCACUCCGCCUCUCUAUCUCACUCACACUCCCAUUCGCAAACGCCGAGGUCCAAGCCAGGGCUCACGCGGUCCCCCUCCUCCGCCUCCUCCACAGCCUCAUCGCUCGCUUCCCCUUCCAGACAUUCCUCAAGGUCGUCGUCCUCUCGGUCCCGCCAGGACGAGCCAUCAGGCCUCAAGCCCCGCAUGCCCUCGUCCGCCUCUUCUGAAGCCACAAGCUCGCCCCGCCCGCGCCACAGGACGAGGGAGGAGGGCAAGGAGGAGGACGGGAGCAGGGACAAGGAGAGGGAGAGACGGGAGAGAGACAAGGAUAGGGAAAAGGACAGGGAUAAGGACAGGGAUAAGGACAGGGAUAAAGAGAAGGAUAAGGAGAGGGAUAAGGACAGGGAGAGGGAGAAGGAGAAGGAGAAAGAACGGCGAGAGAGGAAGGAUCGGAAGGAGAGGAAAGACCAGGAGAGGGAGCGGGAGAGGGUAAGCGAGGGGUCAAGGGGCAGUGAUGACGACCAUGCAGUGACGUUGUUACAGGAGGAGGUGGCACGGCUGGUGAAAGAAAAGGAGAGUGAAGCAGCCACAGCAGCAGCAGCUGCUGCAGCAGCAGAGGCGAGUGCGGUGGCAGAGCGAGCAGUGCUAGAGGAGCAGGUGGUGGCUCUGAAGGAAGAGCUGGAGGAAGCGCAGGCCAUCAUUGUCACUCUCUCCCAGGCGAAAGCUGAUGCUCAGAAUUCUUUGCUGAGGAAGGAGGAGGAGAUGGAGGUAUUGGCGCGGCAGUGGCAGCAUCAGCUGGCAGAGCACCAAUCAGAGCUGCAGCAGCUGCAAAUCAAACUCCAGGAGUCCCAGAAGCAGCUGCAAGAACAGCAGCAGCAGCAGCAGCAGCAGCAGCAGCAACAGCAACUCGAGUCCCCUGCCCCAUCGCCUUCCCUUUCCCGGGCUGCACGACAGGCAGAGCAGGAGAUACGGCAGCUGCAGGAGGAGGUGGAGCGGUGGAAGGAGCACUCAGCAGAGCUGGCGAGGGAGAGGAUGGACAAGGAGGACGAGCUACUCGCCAUGCAGGAGGAGUGGAACAAAACGGAGUCGGAGCUGCGUGUGCGGCUGACCCAGCUAGAGGCCGAGCGCAACCACUGGCAGAAGCAGUUUGCCGAGGCGUCAACCGGGCAGGCCACUGCCUUUGCCUCCGCGUCUUCUGGAGCAUCUGCUGUGGUGACAGCAGAAGGCACAGGCGGAAACGGAGACAGUGGUGACAGUGGUGGUUUGAAUGGCAGUGGAGGUGGAGAUGGGGUGGAAGCUGCAAAUGAUUUGGUUACAGGAGCCGCAGAAGCUGGAGCAGGGGAAAAGACUGAUGAGGGAAUAGCCAAACCUUCUGAUGCACUCACAGUGGCAGCAGGGGGGGGGGCUGGGGUAGGAGCAGGAGCAGGAGCAGGGGCAGGAGCAGGAGGGGGAGGGGGGAAGUCAGAGGAGUUGGCAGCAGUGCAGCAGGAGCUAUUGGUGUGCAGGGCAGAGGUGGCGCAGUUGAAAGCAGCAGAGGAGAGGCUGAGCCAUGAGGUGCAGUCGCUAGGGAAGGAGAAGCGGGAGCUGCAGCGAGAGGUGGGGUCGCUGAAUGAGGAGCUGCGGACGGAGAGAGAACUUUCCGCAGAGGCUGGGGUGAUGGCCGAGCAGGAGUGGCAGAAACGGCAGGAAUUGGAACGGGUGAAGAGGGACUUAGAACGGCAGCUGGCCAAGGCGAAUGCCGCUCCGGCUACCACUCCUACUGCUGCUGGUACUCCUGGUGGGCCUGCUGGUGGCACGCCGGCUGCUGUGGGUGAUCACAAAGCAGGAGAGGGAACACUUAAAAUGCAGGGGAAAGGGGCAAUCGGGACAGGUGGCGCAGCAGGGCAGGGUGGAAAUGGAGGAGAUUCGGGUAUUUUGCCAAAGUCUCUGGAGUCUGCCUUUGAUGGGGCAGCAGGCACCAGCGACCUCAUCCAUGGAGGAGGAGGAGAAGGAGAGCCGAGAGGUGAUUCAAUGGCAAGUGGUUCCUCCGGUGAUAAUGGUGCUGGGGGUGGUGGUGAGGCCGGGGCUGCAGAGGCCGCUGCUGCUCUGCGGGAUGCACAGUCGGCAUUGGCAGCGCUGCAGCUAGUGAAGGAGCAGCUGGAGCUGCAGGUGAAGGCACUGAAAGAGCAGGGCGAGAUGCUGCAGCGGAAAGCAGAGGCUCUACAGCAGGAGGUGGCAGUGCUACAGAGAGAGGUGCAGGAGGGGCGGCACAAGGUGGCAGAGGCGAGGGAGGAGCAGACCAGGGCGGAGCAGGAACGGGACAGCGAGGCGAUAAAGAGUGCGUUCAGCCGCGUGUGCCUGCAGCUGGUAGGGGAGGCGAAGGAGAGGGUGGAAGAGGAGGCGGCGGCUGCAGCAGCACUGGUUGCAUCGGCGAACGAGAGGGAGAAGGCAGCGGAAAAGUGCCUGUUUGCGCUGCUGAGUGAGGUGGCGCGGCUGGUGAAGGUGCACGAGGUGCAGGCGAGGAACAAGGGCGCUGCAUACCACAGGUACCGCAUCACUCUCGCGGACAUUGAGAGCGUGAAGGAGGAUCUCCAGGAAGUGGUGAGGAGCGUAGAGACUCACGCCGCUGUGGCCGAGAGAAGCCGCGUGAAGGGUUGGUCCGGGACAGGCUCGGAACUUUCCGGCAUGGCUGAUGCUAUCGCUGCUGCCUCUGCUGCUGCUUCGGCUGCUGCUACGGCUGCUGCUUCAGCUGCUGUGUCUGCUGCUGCUGGUGCGUCGUCGGUUGUGGGAGGAGGAGGCGGGGGAGGAAGCGCGGGAGGGGCGGAUUGGGCAGGGGCUCAAGCUCGGGGAGCGCAGGUGCAAGGCAGGGACGAGGAGCCUGCAGCCAGCGCGCUGCUGGCAGAGCUACUGGAAAAGGAGCUUGAAAGGGUGAUGAAUCGGGUCGCAGAAGCAGAGAAGCUGCAGGCGUCGAUUGAGGCGGUGGUGGCGGAGGAGAGGAGGCUAGUGGAGGAUGUGCAGCGAGACCUGCAAGCGGUGCAGGCGAAGCUGGUCGAAGCAGAGAUGAUUCGCGAGCAGGCAGAGGCGCUGCGAGAAACAGAGCGGGUCCUGAGCAAGGAGAUUGAAGAGGAGGGCAAGGAGGCCAAGGUGCGGGCUCUGGAAGAGGAAGAAGUGGAGGGGAGGAUCAUUGCUCUAGAGGCAACAGAGCAGGUGAUACGAGCAGAUCUGGAGGAGAAGAGCCUGAGGCUGAGGCAGAUUGACCGAGACCAUCCGGAUCUGAGCGCGGCUGUAAGCAUGGCAGUACCAGGGGAGGGCAGUGCAGCAGCAGGGCUGAAGAAGCUGUUUGCUCUUGGGAGGGCGGCGGAGCCUGCAGUUGUGGUUCCGGCGUCGCUGUCUGCUGUGGCGAAGGAGCGAGCGAAGCUGCUGGAUGAGAUACGCGUGAUGCGGGAGCAGCUGAUGUGGACGCAGUCGUCGCUCAUCAAGGCUCGGCAGAGACUGCCAGAGCUGCAUCAGGAGGCAGUGGAGUGCCGGCGAAGGGUGGAGAAGAAGGAGAAGGAGGCAGUGAGGGUCAGGCAGUGGCUUCGAGACCAUGCCGCUGCUGUUGGGGGCACAGGGGGGGGAGAGACAGGAGGGGGUGGGGCAGGAGAAAGAGCAAGGGAAGGGAGUGCAGGAGCGGAAGCAGUGUCGAGAGGGGGUGUUGGAGGAGGCUUGGCAGGUGUGGUGGGAGGGAUGCAUGGUGGGAUUGGAAGCGCUGCUGGUAAUAAAGAAGAUGCAAGCAAGAAUAUUAGCGGUGGUGGCGGUGUGUGGGGAUGGUGGCAAUCUAAGAAUGAAGGGCAUGCAUCCGGCUCUCCACGUACUCCUCGUGCCACCGCAACUGGCUCUUUAGCUUCUCCUGGUGCUGCCAAUACCAGUGCUUCUGUUGCGAGUGCUGCAGCUUCUAUAGUAUCUACUGUUGCCGGGACAGGAGGGAUAGCAGUGCACGAAGGGACAGAACUAUUGGGAGGCCUUGAAAACGGGGAGCAGGAGGAUGGGAACAUGGAGGAUUACGAGGAGAAGGGAGAUGGUAAUAUUGGAGAGGGGGAGGAUGAUGACUAUCAUGAGGAUGAUGACCAACCGAACGAGAGUGUGCGGAUGGUGGCUUCUGCGCUGGAAGGUAGUCCUGCGCCACAGGAGGAGACAUCAGAGGCAGUUGAUGAGGUCGUUGAUGCGAUUUCUGUAGCAUAA